AUGUUGGCAGAACUGGCAGACAGUGCCAUGAUGUGGGAUGAAAACCAAGCAGCAGCCCAAGGACAUGAAUGUUUAGAGCCCCAAGGCUGGCGCUGGCUGUUUGAUGGCACCAUCAGACCUGAUGCCCGCGUGGCCCUGGUGGUCUCCGCCUCUCAGGUAUUAGAUGUGGGCUCUGGCUCCUGGCUGGUCAUGUUCCUCCUUGUUACGUUGGUAUUUACCUGUGCGGCGAAGGCUGCGCUGAGCGCCAACGUCUCCUCUUCGUGCCCACGCGUGUGCAAAUGCGUGUCCGACACGGUGACGCGCUGCGGCCGAGCGGGGCUCAGCGCCCUGCCUGCAGAACUGGCCGCCUCCACCGUGUCCCUGAACCUCUCGCACAACUACCUGCGCGUGCUGAGCCCCAACGCCUUCGGGAACCUGACCUCCCUCCACCGCCUCUGGUUAGACGGGAACAGCCUGACGUUCCUGGCGCCGGGAACCUUCCUGGCUCUGGGGCAGCUGCGGGAGCUGCACCUCGGCGGCAACACGCGCCUCACCUCCCUGCACCCCAACGCCUUCCGCGGGCUGCGAAACCUCACCAGCCUCGACCUGUCCCGCUGCAACAUCUUCGAAAUCCACCCGCUGCUCUUUUCCCACCUGCCCUCCCUGGAAAACCUCGACUUGGCCUCCAACAACAUGCGCUACGUCCCGCAGGCCUUCGGGAACCUCUCCAACCUCGCCGCGCUGUCGCUGGAGGGAAACCACAUCGAAGCGGUGGGACGAGACUCCCUGCGGGACCUGGGCACCCUGCAGGAGCUCAACCUCAGGAGGAAUCGCAUCUGGACCAUCCAGGCGGGCGCCUUCGCCACGCUCCUCCGGCUGGGCGUGUUGAAUCUAGGCCACAACCACAUCGCCCAUUUGCCUAAUCGGCUUUUCGACGGCUUGCUCCAGCUCAGGACCCUGCACCUGGAAGCCAACAGGCUCACGGGCAUCGGCUGCGCCUUGGGCCAGCUGCCCAACCUGAGGAGCCUCUACCUCAACAACAACCACUACGAUGAAGAAGUGAUUGAAAGACUUGGUGAGAUGUAUGCAACACACUCUGAUUGCAAGAACAUGUGA